UUAUCGAUAAGUCCUCAGCACGUGUUGUUCGUUUGAUUUGGAUUUCUGAUUUUAGUUAAUUUCUUUCAAUAUAAAAUACAAAUGGCUGAAGAAGGACCCCCCGAGGCAAGCAUUGACUUUGUACCCGCGUUGUGCUUUGUGCCACGCGGAGUUGCCAAGGAUCGCCCCGAUAAGAUUGUGCUGACACAAGGCGAGUUGGCCAGAAUCAUUGGCGCCACGCAGCAGGAGCUGGAGGAGGACAGUGAGGACGAUGACGAAGGUGAUGAGACAGCAGCUGGUGACGCAGGCAUGGACGUGGAUGAGGACAAUGACGAUGCCAAUAGCGAGAAUCGCAAUCCGCAGGACGAGUUCGAUUUCAAUGCGUAUGACAACGAGGAGAACGCAACGGUCACGAGUUUGGCCAACAUUGUAGAUGCCGGUGAGCAGGUGCCCGAUGAAGACGAAGACUCUGAGGCUGAGGACGAGGUUAUCAAGCCCAGUGACAACUUGAUUCUGGUGGGUCAUGUCCAGGAUGACGCCGCCUCCAUGGAGGUGUGGGUGUUCAAUCAGGAGGAGGAGGCGCUCUACACACACCACGACUUCCUGCUGCCCAGCUUUCCCCUCUGCAUCGAGUGGAUGAACCACGAUGCGGGCAGCGAUAAGCCGGGCAACAUGUGCGCCAUUGGAUGCAUGGACCCGAUCAUAACGGUGUGGGACUUGGAUAUUCAGGACUCCAUCGAGCCCACGUUUAAGCUGGGCUCCAAGGGCAGUCGCAAACAUCAGAAGGAGCAGUAUGGCCACAAGGAUGCCGUUCUGGAUCUCUCCUGGAACCGUAACUUCGAGCACAUAUUGGCCAGUGGCUCGGUCGAUCGUACACUGAUCCUCUGGGAUAUGGAUGAGGGACAACCGCACACUACCAUCACCGCUUUUGAGGAGAAAGUCCAGACUUUGGAGUUCCACCCCACGGAGGCUCAGAGCAUUCUAACCGGGUGUUCUGACGGAUACGUGCGGCUCUUCGAUUGCCGCGACGCUGAGGCCGUGAACUCGUCCAGCAUCCAGUGGAAGGUGGAUGGCGAGGUGGAGAAGGUUCUCUGGCACCCCACCCAAACAGACUAUUUCAUCAUUGGCACGAACGACGGCAGUCUCCACUAUGCCGAUAAGCGCACACCCAACCAAAUCUUGUGGUCCGUAAAAGCCCACAACGAGGAAAUCUCCGGGGUGUGCUUCAACAGCCAAAUGCCCAAUCUGCUGACUUCCACCUCCACGGAGGGCACUCUGAAAGUGUGGAACUUCAGCGGCACCGAGGCAAAGCAUGUCUACGAACACGAGUUCAACAUGGGUCGUCUGCAGUGCAUGCGCCAAUGCCCGGAGGACCCAUACACGCUUGCAUUCGGGGGAGAGAAGCCUCCGCGGUGUGCUAUCUACAACAUAAAGAACUCCGUAGCGGUGCGUCGGACAUUCGGUAUUGACGAUUCCGAGUCUUAGAUAUGCUGAUGUUUUUGCAUUCACGAUUUAAGAACAUUUUAUAAAUAUAUUAUAUGGCUAAUGUGUAAGGAUCCAAAACGUGUCAGUUGUUUAAACUUAAACCGUAUCUAAAACGUAGAGUAGAAAUGUACAGAAAUUAUAUUA